GGGACAUGAUAGCAACCUGACACAGCCGCCCAGUCGAGCUUUCGGCAGCGUCAGACAUGCUCGACGAGGUGCAGCGUCCUUAAAGUGAGCCGCCUGUGGCUUUUGUCCGUUCCAUGACAGCUUUACCGUCUCUCGUCAACUUGUCGACGGCCGUGUUGUUUUAGCCACAAGCCAUGGCAUCAGCCAACGUUACGCUGGAGAAUCAGCUGCACAGUGCACAGAAAAACCUACUCUUCCUCCAGCAGGACCAUGCCAACACGCUGAAGGGGCUGCAUGCAGAGAUCCGCCGAUUACAACAGCAAUGCACAGACCUGACGUACGAGCUCACUGUACGAAGCUCCGAUCCUUCAGACAGCGGUGAGGUGCGAUGCAGAGAACUGCAAAGAAGGUGUGAGGAGCUGGAAGCAGAGCUGAAGAAGAAAGAGGAGGAGAACACAGAGCUGCUCAGGGAUCUGGAGCAGAAGAAUGCCAUGAUCUUUGUUCUGGAAAAUACUAUCAAGGAGAGGGAGAAGAAGUACCUGGAGGAACUGAAGAUGAAGAGCCACAAGCUGGCCGUUUUGUCGGGGGAAUUGGAACAGAGAGCGAGCACCAUCGCUUACCUCACAUCACAGCUUCACGCCACGAAGAAAAAACUGCUGGCAGGCAGCUCCUCAGAGGGAAGCCCAAACGUCAGCCCAGUCACGUCUUUCAAGCCCACGCCUCCUCCACCCAAAGACAGGCAGCCUGAAACCCCACGCCGCCGCAUGAGGAAAAGUCUCUCCCAGCCACUUCACCCCGAGUUGACAGAGGUGUACCGCCUCGGCCCAGACGGUAAGCGAGUGGUCCUGCGAGACACUGUGGACGCUAUGCCCGACCCGACUCCCUUCCUGCAGGCAGGGAAAGAGUCUCCCGAGCUGCAGGUAGUGCGAGAAAGACCUGCUGUUAUCCCCCCAAUCGCCUCCGAACGCCCCCCCGUGCCUCCCCUGGGAGCUACUGCCAGCCCUCGUCACAGCCCAGCUCGAGACCGCCAGUACAGGGCUCACGUUGGAGUGGCCCACCGCAUCCCCCACGGAACCCCUCCCUUGGCCCCACCCCAGGCAGAGCUGGAGACUCUAGCAGUGGACCAGGUGAAUGAAGAAAAGGUUGUGAGAAAGCGUUCUGGAGCUGAUAGGACAGUUUAAAGCUGUUACACUUGCACAUGAAUGCGCACACAUAUAUACAAUAAGGGGCAGAAAGAAGCCCAACCCACUGUGUAGCCUGCUUUAUACGCAACACUGCAACGUGAAAAGAAAAUGACAUCAUGUAUUUCAUCUUCAUGCACAUUUGAAAAAGGACUACUGCGAAGCAUGCCAAAUGUUUCUUAUAAGUGUUGUAUUAUACACGCAUUAUACUGUGCUGUGUGGCGCAUUCAACAAAUCCUCAGCCAAAUAUCUGCAUCAGUGCCUGCUAGGUGCAAACACGCACACGCUGUGUAGUGUAGUCACGGAGAACAUCUCUACGUAUUGUUUUUCUUUUCAACAGACUGUGUAACAAGACGUCUGCAGCCGCAUAGGUUGACAUUCCAGUGAUUCAACUAAUACUUUCUGAAUGUCUUUUAUCCGCCCGCUUGCAAUAUCAGUAUAACAAUACAGUACUGUAAGUUGCAUAAUCGAGGUGAAAGAGACGUCCUUUAGCUUUCUUUGCUGAACUGGCAACAGCACAUGUAUUUAUGCUUCAAUUCAAUGCAAGCUGAAGGUCAUCAACACACUGACUUGUGUGUACAUGCAAGAGUGUCUUUCUGGAGGGGAAGAAGCUGGAAGAUAACAGAUGGAAGUUUCAGCAAAACCAUCUCCAUGUUAUUUGUGAUUUUAAAAAAGGGCAUUUUUAAAAGCACUGCUCCAAUAGGAUGUUGUGAUAAUUAUACUUUAUAAAGUCUGUACAUUUGUAAGGGAUUGCUUUUUUUUUAUUUAUUAGAGAAUACAACAACACCUCAGAUGGUAAUUAUUGUCACUUUAUAUCCUGCUGUUCAUGUUAACACCUGUCCUCCAAUAAUCCAUACAAUAAAGCAAUGCUUUUUUGUUUGCCUACUCCUUUCUGUAAUAAGCUAUGGCAUUCAAGAACAUGAGCAGCACGGUGGAGCAUGUAGAUAGCGUGUCUUCCUCAAAGCCUGUUCUCGGUUCAGACCUCCUUGUGCUUGUGUAGGUUUCCUCACACAGUCCAAAAGCAUGCAUGUGACUGAAGUGUGAUUACGAUUGUUGGUUUAUAUGUGCCCUGUGAUUGACUUGUGACCAAUCCAAAGUCAGGUGGGAUAGGCUCCAGCUCACACAUGGCCCUCAAUCGAUCAUUAACUUUCCCAUUUCCCAAUUAAUCAGUCAAGGAAAUUAAGUUGAAUGCGUUUCCUAAAUUGCACCAAAAAGAUCAACACUAAGGUUAGUAAUGAGCUGUUGCUGCAAACCAGCCGUGCUCAUACAAUAUUAUCUUCACAUAUUUGACAAUUCACAAUGUAGAGCAAGAGAACUACAUGUAAAUACAAUAUAUAGACUAAACUAGAUACAACUGACUCCAAUAUCUUGCAGAUUUUUUUCCCCAGAAGAGUGAAAUCUGUUUUAGGUUUAAUGGGGUAUGACUAGUGCUAGUGAAAUAAGUGGGAAAAAAACAUUUUUUGAUAGCCAAAGUAUAAAAUCUAAAGUGCACACGAGUGACCCCUGGUGGCCCAACCGAUGCACAUGCUUGUUUAAACCAGCCUCCAUGUUGUUACUUAUAUCAGGUCCCACCUAUGCACAUGCUUAGUUAAACCAGCGUCCACAGUAUAAGUAUCAAACAAAAAACGAUUGUUUUAGCCUAUAAAUUCAAUUCCACAGGAUUUUUACCAAAAUCACAUCUGACAAAAAUGUACCUUUUUCUGUU